UGAGUGCACCUCUCCAGUCAGUUGUAGUACAAGCGAGUAUUUAAGACUGUUUUUGGAAUGGUAAACAUCGAAUACGGAAUGGGCCAGGUUUGAUUCUUUCGACGAAAUUAGAUGUAUUUUGUGGUUUGAUAUAAACCCCUUAUCUUAGGUUACUGAGUAACUGCUUGAAAGUUUAAUAAUAUAUUAGUACAAUAGCCUACUGCACUGUACUUAUCGAUUCGUUGUCGUCUUUGAUGUUACUGUAGCUGACGCGACGUUGAAGGAAAACACGGCAGUUUUGACAGCUAGUUAGCCUACUAAUCUAUAACCAACCAGCAACUUCUCAAGUUGCUGAAAUAAUAUAAAAAACGGCAUCCAAAUUCAGGUAGCAACGGAGGUUUUCUGUCAAGAGGACAUGGAAUCGACAAAAGCUGGUGGCGUCAUAGCCUAUAUCAGCUCCACAAGCUCUUCUUCAAGCCCAGAGUCUUGUCACAGCGACAGCUCCAAUGGCAGCUACCAGUCUUCCUCUCCGCCUCGUACCUCCUCCCCGAACUGUCGCCAGGGCCAACCGGCCAACCCGCUCCUAGCGACAGCAGGCCAACCCCGCGCUCCUUCUCAGAAGGCAGGACGCUCGUCCUCCACUGUCAAAUGUGGCAUUGCGAAGAUCAACGGCCUGGUGUUAUUGUGUAAGGUCUGUGGGGACGUGGCCUCGGGCUUCCACUAUGGGGUCCAUGCCUGCGAGGGCUGCAAGGGCUUCUUCAGAAGGAGUAUCCAGCAGAACAUCCAGUAUAAGAAAUGCCUUAAGAACGAGAGCUGCCCCAUCAUGAGGAUCAACAGGAACCGUUGCCAGCAGUGCCGCUUCAAGAAGUGUCUCAUGGUGGGGAUGUCCAGAGACUCUGUGCGUUUCGGCCGCAUCCCCAAGCGAGAGAAGCAGCGCAUGCUGCUGGAGAUGCAGAGUGCCAUGAACAACAUGAUGAACAACAGUCAACUCAACAGCCAGCUCCAUGACAACCAGUCCCUCCCCCUGGUCAGCCAGGCCCUGGCCUGCCCAGUGGAGUUCACCCCAGAAAACACAAGUCCCCCCUCAAGCUCCAGCUCUCUAGCCUCCCCUCCCCAGUCCAACAAAUCAGGGACCAGCUCUGAUCCCAAGCCUCCAGUUGCCAUGGAUACCAGUCCAAGCUUGGCAUCGUCUAGCGCGUCCGACAGCGGAGAGGAGGAGGUCAUCGGCAAGGUGACCAGGGCUCACCAGGAGACCUUCAUGUACAACCAGGAACAGGCCAGCCCCCCUGCCGAGGCCCCGCCCUCCCCAGUGGCAGAAGAGCACGUGAUUGGGCGAACCGGCAGCAUGAGGAUGGAGGAGAAGGAAGCCUGGAACUACCAGAACGACCUGUGCUCAUUGGAAGUGCCGGAGAGACCGACCAACACUGGACCACAAUAUCCUGAGACCCAUCGACAGGAUGACAGCGCCCCCAGCCAGUGCCCCUACAGGCCAUCCCACAACAACAAUAACAACAGCACCAGCGGCCAGCAUCCAGCCCGUUCAUUUGGCUGUCCAAGAGGCCACAACGCAGGGGAAGCAGCCUUCCACGGGGGCUUCACCGGGCCGUUGUGGAGCGGGGGCAACAGAAUGCAUCUGGUGUGUCCUAUGAACAUGUCCCCUCAUGUGGAUCCUCACAAGUCAGGCCACGGCAUCUGGGAGGAGUUCUCCCACAGCUUCACCCCGGCCGUCAGGGAGGUGGUGGAGUUUGCCAAGCGCAUCCCUGGUUUCAGGGAGCUCUCUCAGCAUGACCAGGUCAGCCUGCUGAAGGCUGGCACCUUUGAGGUGUUAGUUGUGCGCUUUGCCUCGCUGUUUGAAGUCAAGGACCGCACAGUGACCUUCCUGGGUGGUAAGAAGUACAGCGUGGAGGCACUGAGGGCCAUGGGAGCCGGAGACCUGCAGAAUUCCAUGUUUGACUUCAGUGAGAAGCUCACAGGCCUGGGGCUCAACGAGGAGGAGAUGAGCCUGUUCACUGCCGUGGUUCUAGUCUCCGCCGACCGCUCAGGGAUCGAGAACGCCAACUCGGUGGAGGCUCUCCAGGAGACACUGAUCCGAGCACUACGGAGCCUCAUCACCAAGAACCACCCCAACGAGUCGGCCAUCUUUACCAAGCUGCUGCUCAAGCUGCCCGACCUGCGCUCCCUCAACAAUAUGCACUCCGAGCAGCUGCUGGCUUUCAAGGUCCACCCCUGAGCCUGGAUCCCCCUCCCCCCCUAUCCAGGGCUAAAGAAAACUCUCAUUCCAGACCCUCACUCCAUGUGACAUUUUCUCCCCAAACAAACUAAUGGGCAAACGUGUCAUGGUAGAAUGGGGGAUGGGCUUCAAAGUUAUCGUACUGUAGGGCCGGAAGGCCUCUUAUGUGGUAAUGCACACAUUUACAGACACAGAAAGGAUGUUUAUGUAUAUGUUUAUUUGUGUUUGGGUGUUUAGAAAAUGUUCUCUCAACGAGGCACCUCAUCUUAUUUUAUAGUGUAGACUUUUUGCACUUGUAAGUGCAAUAUGUGACUGCUCUAUAGCAGAGGUUCUACUUUGUCUUUACCUGAAGUGUAUGUUCACCAUUUGGGAACAUGCCAGUAUAGGAUGAGGAGAUCACAGUUGCUGUAUUAUUUUUUAGGGAGUUGGUCUUAAAUCUAAGCUCUAGGCUUUAACUGACAAUGCAUGACCACAUUGGAAGGGCAUAGCACCUCUUUAAAAUGAAAAGAUGAAAACUAUUUGUAGAAUGAAGCUGCUAGAUUAUGGCCUGAAGUGGGAAAGACAUAAGAAUGUCCUUUUGAGAAUGCUUGUUCAAAACAAACCAGAAUGGAUUCAAAUCAGAGGCAAGUAUUGAACUAAUUAUUGGCAAUUAUUUCAGUUAUUUAGCUCAUGCUGUUUACUUAGUGCUAUACUAUAAGUUGUCAUUGGAAGAAGGGGGACUGAUUUUGUAAAUGUCUGUAGUUUGUUUUUUUUCUUCCAAGAUUUUCAACAAACUGAAGUCCAUCGGCACUGCUCCAUUACAAGACGUUAAUGUUGAUAUUCAUGGGCUUCACACAUGACAUGGGACAGUAUACCUGGACCUAAUCAGGCUGAGGAGAUGGAUAUCGAAUCUCAAAACCCGAAUGUGGACGACUUAUUCAUGUUUAUCACCGCUAUGUCAGAUGUGGAUUUCAAUCACAUGUAAUUGUUGUACACAUCAUAUUGCUGUGAAGAGCAGGGAUGGGGAAGGGGAUACAUUGCAGGAAAACUGCUCAGCAGUUAUUCUCCAGCAUGUGAUCCCCUACUAUAAGGAAACUUAACUAGAACUGUCCAAAUGUCCUUGAUUUACCAGUAUCUAUGUUCUGUAGAUGACUUCUGAAAUAGCUAGAUUGUAUUGACAUUCAGUAUGAUUGUAAUAUUGCAAGUAUGUGAUUGUAAUUUGAUGAAUUACUGAUUCUACCAAUGCUGUAGGUGGAUUUGCAUGUGAAGGACAUCACCAUGCCAUGUGUUUAGUGUCAUGUCAGUGGAUGACUUCAGUCAGUUUCUCUCCUCCAGCUUUUAUGCCUAUCUUAAGUUAUUGAGAGCUUCUGCCCAUGUGUGCGUUACAUUGCUGCGCUGUGGUUCUCGACCCUGCUUUCCUCUGUAAGAUCAUUGCAGUAUAGAUUUCUAUAUAUAAAUACUAUAAAUAUAUCAAAAUAAAUAAAACAUAAGCGUAUUUCUGUCUGUUCUUUAACUAGUUUGUGUAGUAAGCAGAGAAAGGUAUAAACUACUGUAAGUUUAAAAAAAAGAAUGAAAUCGGACCACGGUCUUUCACUUCAUACUUCUGCUUAACCGUACUCGAAAGAUGGUUUGUUACACAACCAUCUGGGAAGUCAGCAUUGGAAAUUGUUAAAAAAAAUGCAGGCACUUUCAAAAUUAACUAGGUAGGUGACUGGAUAAACAUCCAUGGUCUAUCAUGGGCUAACUUCACUGAUUGGUCCAAAAACAAAUAACUUGGGAGCUUGGCAAGAUGGAUUCUGACGUGGCCGUGAUAUUGCAAAUCCAGCCGUCUUGUUAUGUUAAUGGGGUACAUUUUAUUUAAAUUUGAAAAAACACCUUCUACACCUGUAAGAAAUACUCUUUGGGUCACUAAAAAGGCAUGGCAAAAUUUGUUUACAGCCAAAAAGGUCACACACUCCAGAAAUAAACUGUUCCAUCCUUUAUUAAACAUAGCUUGCAAGAGAUAAAUAUUACAAAGUUAUUUCCUCAAAAAUUAGCUUAUUUUUUCAGUCAAUGCAUAAUUGUUAUUAAUCAAUUGGCAGUAUUCAAACAGCAUAUAGUAUUUUUUUCUUAUCCUUUUUUUUUAUUUUUAAGACAGUUAAAUACCAAGGAACAUGUGCAAAAGGUCUGGAUUGACUAAAUCAAAACAAAAAAGA